CUGAGCUUUGUCUCUUUUAUUUAAAACGGCGGGGGUCCGUCCCCCCAAAAGAUUAACAUCUACACAAAUAUCAUACUCUCAACAACCGUUUUUGAGAAGCUUCAUACAUAUAAACACAUCAUCAUGACAGACGUCGAAACAAAGAUCAAGCAGGCCGCUGCUACAAAUGCCGAGCUGCUCACCAUCUUAGCCAACACCGAACACGCUAUCCCAACCGCUGAGGAACACGAUCGCCUCAUUGCCGAUCUCCAACAGCAGAUAGCCGAGACAGAAAAGAAGAAGAAGAAUGUCGAGCGUAAGAAAAACAUUACGCAAGAACAACACGAAAAGUACAGAGACAGCCGUGUUAAGCGCUUCCUCUACAAAGCCACGGGCAAGAAGGAGCGCUACCAAGAAAAAGCUUCCGCAGAAGAACAGAAGCAUUUUGCCAUGAUUCAAGAGCUUCGUGAUACAGAAGAUGUUCUUGCCAGUCUCGUCUCCCACCUUGGAGGCACAGUCGAAGUAAAGCCUUCUCUCGACGCAGAGGCCAAGAAGCAUAAGGACGCGGAGAUCCGACUAGAAGAUCUCUACAACUCCAUCUUUAGCGGGCCAACACCAUCCUUCCCCGAAGAAGAUGUAGCCGAGCAGCGCUACAUUGAGAGCUCAAAAGCCUACCGCCAGGCGAAGAUGGACGAACAAAAGGAGAGCACGUGUGCCACGCUUCUCGGUGAGGCAAAGCGCCAGAUGAGCAAGGCAUUCCAAGAGAUUGACCGCGCUCUACAGUAUUCCCGAGCCGACAUGUUUGGUGGAGGCAUGAUGAUGGAUAUGAUGGAGCGUAACCAUCUCUCCGAGUGCCAGCGCUGGUACAGCGAGUCCCAAAUCACCGUCACCCGCGCCCAGAACGCUUCUCCAAUGGUCGGCGCCAUGCCCCAAGUCUACAUCAACACGGGCAAUAUCAUGACCGAUGUCUUUUUCGACAACAUCUUUACUGAUAUGGCCUUCCACAAGGAAAUCAAGAGAGCCCGUGGCGAGAUGGACAGGUUAUGGGGUGCUCUGACGCAUGAGCUCGCAGCAUCCAUCUCGCGCAGAGAUGCACUCCGAGGCAAUGCUACUCUCGCUGAACAGGCCGUUGCCAGUGCCAGAGAAAUUCUCCAAGUGGAGAGAUCAAAGAUCUUUGACCAGGUGCUACGAUCGACAGGCGAUGCUAAGCUCAUAGACUUGGCUGGCCGUGGACUACACACUGAUGCGAAGAAUGCAGAUGAUAGAGCCGGCGAGGAUCUGCCGCCAUACUCGGGCUAAUAGAGACGAAUUGUUAUAAAAGCAGUGGGCGGCCGGAUUUCUUUCCUUUGUUAUUUAUAUACCCCAGUUUCAAUGUACAACAUAGCUAGCUUUUUAAUGAAUCUAAAAAGAUAAAACAAUACCACAAUUUCACGUCUAUAACUCUUGACAAUCUUGCCAAAUUUACGUAGGAUAUCCUUAGCUUUGAGAACAGCGCUGAAACGACAACUCUACUGCAUCAUAGCAGCUGCAUAGUCUGCUACCAACAUCUGAUUUUGAAGCCAUGCGUUUGGCGUCC